CGUCGCCGUCAAAUCAGUUCGCUCCGAAACGCAAGCCCUUGGGUGUCUCUCGAACGACAUAUAGUAAGUUAUAACUUACACACUUUGAAAUGGCAGUCAUACAAAACAAACAGAAGAUAUCAGUGCCUGAGUAUCUGAAUGAACAGUUUUUCACGGAGACCCUUGAAGACGGUCUGAGAGAGUCAAAAGUAACCGUAAAGGAAAUCAUUUUUGACUGGGGCAGCAACCCUGGGGACAACUACUGCUCGGCUAUUUAUCGGGUCGAACUUACCUUCUCGAAGUGGGUUAAUGGAGCUGAAUCCACAGCAACGGACAAGCUUUCUCUGAUUGUUAAAACGAUUCCGAUUACUGAAGCAACUCAGUUUCUAGAGGACGUCAGUGUUUUCAUCAAGGAGAAGCAGACCUACACAGACGUCCUGCCCCGAUUGGAAAUCCUGAGUCGUGGAGAUAGAUUUGGAGCCAAGUAUUAUCACUCCGUAAAGACCCCUGUUCAGACAAUUGUAUUUAGCGAUCUGAAAGUCGAGGGAUAUAAAGUGUCGUCACGAGAAGCAGGCCUUGACUGGCACCAUGCCUCCCUUAUCCUUCAGCAGCUAGGAAAAUUUCAUGCCACAUCCAUGGUACUGGCCAAAAAGGAUCCACGAAUUGUGGAGAAGUACUCACGUGGCAUGCUCAGCGAAGACAUAUUGAUGAAGAGCGACACCUUUGAGCAUAUGUUUGGAGGCUUCCUAAAGGGUCUCAUCAAAAGUUCAGCCAGUUGGCCUGGCUUUGAAAAAAUAACCAAAAACCUACAGCGCCUUAUGGACAACUUUCGAUCUGUAUGCGUGGCUGCAGCCAAACCAAAGAAUGGUGAUCGGUACGUGGUACUCAAUCAUGGUGACAUGUGGACCAACAACUUUAUGUACGCCUACGAGAACGCUUCACAGCCUGAAGUACCUACGCGUGCUAUCUUUGUGGACUUUCAGCUCAGCUUUUACGGUAGUCCAGCUUGCGACCUGAAUUUCUUCCUAAACACCAGCCUUAAGCUUGAAUUGCUGCAAGAGCGCCGUGAGGAUCUAAUUAAGGUGUACUACGCGGCAUUUAAGGAUGCUUUAAAGUACGCCCGCUUUGAGGACAUCCCCACAUUCGAGGACCUGCAGUAUGAACUGCGAAGUCGCGAGACCUACGGACUAUUUGGGUUGUUCGCUUUUCUACCUAUGAUUACUAUGCCCAAAGAAUUAGCUCAGGACAACAGCAUAGAGAACAUGCAGGACGAAGCUUUUAAGCAACGUAAGAUGGAUGCCAUUUUUUCGCAAACAUUUUUAAACAACUACCAGAAGUGGGCCUUGCAACGAGCAGAUUCUCUAGGAGUCUUUGGCGACUAUUAAAAGUUGUUUUGCCAUUAAACUUUGUGAUAACAAUUGGACAUGUGAAUUUUAAAUGUACUCAUGUUUAAACAGAAUCAUAAGUUUAGCUAUCCAUAAUGUAUACACCCUGAUAUGUUAGCAAAAAUAGAUCAUUUAAUAGACCA